GAGAUGGCUUUUAUUCAAAACAAAGUGACGAGGCACGAGUUUUGAUAAAUCUUGCCGGCUACACAGAAAGUACAGACGGAAGGAAUUGAGCAUGAUUCGUCAAACUGGUUAUGAAAGAACAGAAUGAAAAAGCAGAAAGGGCACUACAUGGAUGGUCCGGAAAUUCAGGAAUUGGAUGAUGACCUUCCAGAAAGGUGGCAAUCAGACGAAGAGAGCUCUCCGGAUGUUCCGAGAGACGAUAGAGGUUAUCCGGAUGUUUCCUACCCAAUGUCUCCAGUUCCCAUGGACUCGACCUAUGGCUACCCUGCCUCCGGUUUCCAGCUCGGCUACCAGUCGCCUCCGCGGCGGCGCAACGAGACCGGACAUCCCGCUCAUAUCUACAGUCCGGCAAUGCCGUUUUCAGCGAUGAUUCCUGGCGGGGCAAAACCUGGAAGACGAAUAACAAUAGAAGGCGUGGCUGGUCACCAAAAGUUUUCUGUUCAACUGACUGACUCUUUCCAAGUAGACGUGGGUUUAUUCUUUAACCCAGUAAUCCAUUGGGGGACGGACUCGGGGACCGUCAUUAUGAACAUGCGUUUCUAUGGUUGCUGGGGACGAGAAAUUAGGGAGAAGGAAAAUUUCCCGUUUGAGGCCAGUGCUGUGUUUACAGUCGACAUUUUAUUUAAGGAGGACCAAUACGAAAUAGAAGUCAAUAAUGAUCAUACAUAUAGAUUUCUUCAUCGACUUCAUCCAGUGGGCAGGUUUCAGACUCUGGUCAUUGAGGGAGACGUUAGAGUGAAGCACGUGCAGUUCCGAUGAAUUUCAUGCAAGUAGCGAUCUAUCACGCAUGUUCGGUGGAAUGACAGAGGCACUAUAUGAUUGAUACACAGAGGCACAAGCAACCUUGUAUAUGGCGGGAUGUGUAGAUUUUGUUUGUGAAUUUCACAUCAAAUUGUAGCAAAUAGUGAGAUACUAUGUUCUUAUCAACUUCAUUCAUAUUGAUUCGCGUGAAUUCCACAAUUUUAAACAGUAGUCUUAUUCUAAUACUACUUAACUUGAAUGGGUGAAUAUAUUACAUGCCUGUUGUUGGAAAAGUUCAAUAAAGAGAAUAU